GGACAUCCUCCUGCAUGGUCCUUACUGCCUGAACUCUGUAAAUACCAAUUAACCCUCCGCCACCCUUGGCUAGCUGGGAUAAUCCCAUUUUCCAAACCAGGACACUUGUCAGUGAAGUCUCAUGGCCCUUCCCCCUCACUGCUUAUACAGCUCACCAAACCCCACUCGUCUUCAUCCUCGGAGCUUAUUCCUCCUCUCCAGUUUCCAACCACCAGCGGAGCACGGAGCCGGAGCUGCAUGAGUCAGCCUCUACUCCGGUGGCAGCUCGCCCUGCACCUCUCCCUGGCUGCCAGGCCUUGGCAGCCCACUGCUAUUGGAAGCAGGUCGACUGCUGUGGAGCAAGCUAUCCUGAUGGUGUCGAGAGGUCAUGGGUGUGUCAGUUCCCUCCCCGCGAGGCAGGGCCUUGUCUGUGUUCUGGCUCUCUCAUCUGAGUUGAGACACACGUGGAGAGGUCGCUGGCAGUGGUGAGUCUAUCAGAAGCCACUCCCCAACCUUCAGGAUUUACCUUCCGGCGAGGCAGACCUCAGAUGCCCAGUGACCAGCCACAGUUCCGAGGGCACCUCAUUGCGAGCAUGCUUUCUGCAAUGCCUGCAUCACCCAGUGGUUCUCUCAGCAGCAGACCUGUCCGGUGGACCGCAGCGUAGUGACGGUUGCCCACCUGCGCCCAGUACCUCGGAUCAUGCGGAACAUGUUGUCAAAGCUGCAGAUUGCCUGCGACAACGCUGUAUUUGGCUGUAGUGCUGUUGUUCGGCUUGAUAACCUCAUGUCUCACCUCAGUGACUGUGAGCACAACCCAAAACGGCCUGUGACCUGUGAACAGGGCUGCGGCCUGGAGAUGCCCAAAGAUGAGCUGCCAAACCACAACUGCGUUAAACACCUGCGCUCAGUGGUACAGCAGCAGCAGACACGCAUCGCAGAGCUGGAGAAGUCCUCGGCUGAACACAAACACCAGCUGUCGGAGCAGAAGCGAGACAUCCAGCUGCUGAAGGCAUACAUGCGUGCAAUCCGCAGUGUCAACCCCAACCUUCAGAACCUGGAGGAGACAAUUGAAUACAAUGAGAUCCUAGAGUGGGUGAACUCCCUGCAGCCAGCAAGAGUGACCCGCUGGGGAGGGAUGAUCUCCACCCCAGAUGCUGUCCUCCAGGCUGUAAUCAAGCGCUCCCUGGUGGAGAGUGGCUGUCCUGCCUCUAUUGUCAACGAGCUGAUAGAAAAUGCCCAUGAGCGAAGCUGGCCCCAGGGUCUGGCCACACUAGAGACAAGACAGAUGAACCGGCGGUACUAUGAGAACUAUGUGGCCAAACGCAUCCCUGGCAAGCAGGCUGUUGUCGUGAUGGCCUGUGAGAACCAGCAUAUGGGCGAUGACAUGGUGCAGGAGCCGGGGCUCGUCAUGAUAUUUGCCCAUGGCGUUGAAGAGAUAUAGAUCCCGGCGGGCUGUCAGGAAGAGAUGGAAAUCAGAAAAUCUCAUCACUCCAGUAGCUGAGCCCUGAGUCCUCCCCCCUGUCCUUAAUCUUGUGGCUUAUCCUUGAGCCACACAUCUCCCUGCUCUUCGGGCACUGAGGGGCCCUGGAACACUUUGCUCAGCCUUGUGGGUGGGAAACCCAGGUUCCCUUCUUUUGCCUAAUUCCUUCCCCUAAGAUGUCUGUAAAUUUUCAGUCUGGUUGGGAAAGUCCCCAUUCUAUACCCACUUCCCUGCCUAGGGUCCCUGGUUCCAGAUAUUUUCAGAAAGCACAAAGAUACUCAUUUUCUCUUGAAGGAUCAGGGUGGAGUGAGAAAUUUUGAAUCAUUCCCCUCUUCACACCAGGGAAUCUGAGCAGGCAGGCCUGUUGACUCUAAACACUUAGCGGGCAGCUCUGGGGAGCAGACAUCCUGAAGAAAUAGUGAGGGUGGAACCAAAACCCUAGAAGUAAUGAGCCAGAAACUGGCCAUCACUGAUGGCCCUGAGGGGAAGACUGGAACUCUGUGCCAAGCAAUACCUUGUUUAGUCCAUCUUAAAGGUGCAGGCUCCCGUUGGUCUGCAGGUGUGCAGGUUGGGAUGCCGAAAAUUUCCAGAUGAGCUCUUCUUUCCUAUACUUUCUCUUAGCUAAGGAAUGACAGGAGUGGGCGUAGGGGUUAGUCUGUUGGGGCGAAUCUGCUCAGCAAGAAGCAGCUCUCUGGCAUUUGCUGAAGUCAGGUAGGCACCUGCCUCUGUGGCACAGGCCAUAGUAGCUCCCUGCCCUCCAGCCCUGUGAUUGAACUAGUCAUUUUGAUAAUUCCCUUUGGCCAUUGUGGUGUGUUUAUAUUUCACUCCCUCCCACAUUUUUUUUUUUAAGAAUGGCCUACUUAAGGCUACCCCACUUUUCCAGCCCAGCCACAUUGUUGGCAAUUUAAUUUAUUUACUUCUUUUUUUUAAAGAAAGGAAAAAGAAAAAAAUGAACAAAACUUAAAA